AUGACCCAAACAAUCCAGGAAAUGCUCCAAGCAAGCUCAAAGGGCGGCGGAACAUCUCAGAAAACCAUUCAGUAUAUGGACACAGUCGAAGCAUACAACAAAUGGGCAGAGGUCUACGACACAGACGGAAACUUCCUCCAGGCACUGGACACCCUCCAACUACGCGAUCUACUCCCCCAGUUUCUAGCCAAAGUCUCCCAAUCUCAGCCGCGACAACCCCGACUGGUCGAUCUAGGCUGUGGCACGGGCCGGAACACCCUGCAGCUUCUGAGGCUCGCGCCUCGGGAUGCCGAGGUUAUCGGGCUGGAUGCCUCGCCGGGGAUGUUGGAGGCAGCUCGUGCAGCUGUCCGGAAGGAGACACUUGCAGACACAGACGAGAGGCCGCGGAACGUAUAUCUGGAGCUAUUUGAUUUGCUGCGAUCGCCGCCCGCGCCACCGGAGGCUUCGCUUGGUGCCUCGGGUGUGGUUUCCACGUUGGUGGUCGAGCAUAUCCCGCUGAAGGAGUUCUUUGAUGCGGCGGCAGCGAUUCUGCGGCCGGGGGGUCAUCUGCUUGUGACGAAUAUGCACUCGGAGAUGGGGUCGAUCAGUCAGGCGGGAUUUGUGGAUACGACGACGGGGACGAAGAUUCGUCCCACGAGCUAUUGCCACACUGUGGAAGAUGUGUUGGUGGCGGCUGAAAGAGCCGGUUUUGAGGCUGAGGAGCUGGAGGGUCAAGUGGUUCGUGAGGCGAAGGUAGAUGAGAACAUGGUCGAGGUGUUGGGCAAGCGGGCGCAAAAGUGGGUUGGGAUCACGGUGUGGUUUGGCAUUUGCUUUAGGAAGCGGAUGUGA